AGCUGUGGGCGGUGGCUGGAGACGGCGCGGCGCAUGCUCGGAGUUUCCCGCCCCUGGUGGUGCGCGGGCACGUUGGCUGUCGGUUGGUGCGCGGCCAUGAGGAGCAUGGGGGCUGGUACAGCGCUCCGACUGGCGGCACUGGCGAUCGUGCUUUCCGCCAGGCCAGGUAGAGCUACUGGUGUAAUUGACAUCACACAUAUUGAACAUAUCCAAGAAAUUUAUGGCAACAGCAACAGACCAGUAAAAGUUUAUGUGAAGAUGUACCAUGACAGUCCAGCUCUUCUCUGUACAACUCAGGAGCUUGCAGAAAAAGAAUUAGUCGAUCCAUAUUUCAUAUGGGUGGGCCCAUCAGGAAGAAAUAUAAAAGGGGAGCCUUAUGUAAGGAUAUCUGAAACAGGAGGCCUUAUACUGAGAUCCUUUGACAAGUUCAUGUCAGGAGAUUAUACAUGCACAGUUUCCUACAAGGAUGUGGAGAAGAACAAGGAAAUAUUCCUUGAUAUGAAGUUCUCAGCAUAUGGUAAACACCGGAACACAAGUUAUUUUCUUUUCAAACCUACAGUGGAUCCUUUCGGCUAUGGUUGGGAAGAAGUUUGCAGAAAAUUCAUACAUGACUGUGAGGAUGAAACCAACAGGAGAGUCGAAAAGGCCCGAAAUCGUAUUGAAGCUUUCUUCAAGAAGCAGAGGAUUGCAUUGGACAAAAUGAAGGAUAACAUGCCCACCUUCUAUUACAUUGCAAAUUCUCUGAAAACAGUCCGAGUGGAUCAUUGUCGCCCAGGGUUUGGAAAAAAUAAGUUAACCCACUUGGAUUGUUCUGAAUGCUGUGUGGUUUGUGAUCACGGAAUGUACAAUCCCAACAAUGAUGUGUUCUGUAGACCCUGCACCAGUGUCAAGAUUAAUUACUAUGGAGCAACUGCCUGCUAACUAGAGCCAUCUUUUGACAUAUUAUAUUCAUCUCAACAAUUAGUGUUGCUCUCUAAACAAAAACAAAAACAAUUUCACCAGCUAAGCACGAGUCAACCACUUAUAUUAUUAGUCAGAUUACGUUAUUGUUUUACAAAGAUCUAUCUGUAUACAUAAACUACAUUUGUGAAAUCUCUAUUGGGAGCAAUUGCUGUAAGAUCUAGCUUUGUGAGGAUUUGUAACUGCUUCUGCUGUCCUAAUUCAAUUGAUAUUAUCUAUCACUUGAUGGUAAUCGUUAAAUAUUGCACAAAUCUCAGUCUGCUGAUGGCGCUAAUAUUCAACAUUAAUGUGCUAUUAGUGCAAAGCUAUGUUACCCAUUGUUGUGUAUAAUCAAACAAUCUAGAUUAUUGAACUAUCGAUAAAUUAUUAGAAGUGUUAAAGCUUCUUUAAAAAUGCAACUAAAAUCAA